UUGGCAGGAUGCUUUAAAUACAUAUAAUUAUAUCUUCCCUCCAUUCAUUGGUAGUGGUGAGCCAAGUAAUUUGAAUCAAGAGAAAAUAACACCUGUAUUAAUGCUACCAAGGAGGAGCUCACACUGUUGGAAAAACAUUGACAUUAUAAUUUUAGCACUUGGGGGUGUUCAAUAGUUUUUAAUUUACCAAACUAACAUCACCAAAAUCCCUGCAGAUAAGAGAACAAAGGCAAAGAGAAAUUAUAUAGACCCUGCUCCAUAUUUCAGUCCUUAGAAGGACAACUGUGACUAUGGCUGAGACCUUGUUAGUUUGAAGUCUGAAAUCCUGACCACUGGCUUCUCUUUUCUGAGCGCCUAGCUGCUGCUUGCGUUAUCAGACAGGAUCAACUUUUACACAGGUGCAGGAAAUGGUGAGGAAUAAGAUAAAGCCGCAGACUGAGUAUGUGGACACCAAGGGAUGUGUUUUUCCCCCCUCUUUCAUUCCACGGGUUUAGAACUCUCAGUUGGGGAUCUUAACUGCAAUAGGGGUCAGAAUUGGAGCUAAAAGAACUUUCCCUGGGGCUGGUUAAAUUAAGUAUACGAUAAGCUUCCUGGAGGAGGAGUUCUUGGCAUACCGGUGGGAGGCACAAAAGGAAAGCAGAUAAGUCUUCAGCUUGGGGAGGCCAAGUGAGUCAGUCUUGCCAAGCAGGCUGUAUGGAUGAAGAAUUUUCAGCUGCACCACUGGAUGUGUAGGCCACGGUGCCUUCUCAGCCUGUAGGUUGGGCCGCAGAACUAGAACACUCUUUCUGAGUGUUGAGGGUACGCUUGGCGUCAGGGCUGACUGCGAUGAGGGUAGGGCCUUAGAAGACAGGCAACCAGGGUUCAGCUUUAGCUCUUGUUAUGGUUAGCAACCUUUUGGAAAGCUGCUAUACCUUUCAAAUGAUGGGGGUAUUGUAAGCUCUCGCUGCCUUUUCCAAACAUUUUCCAGCCAGUUCUGUUGCAGGAACACAGACUCCAUCAGGGUAGAAUCUCAAAUCUGCUUGGAUGACCCUCUAUCCCUCAGGGCAUGGGGCCUAGCAAAUAUUUAGCGCCCUACAAAGCCACAUAUUUCUGUACAGAGAGGAACAAUAAAUGCUUCGCAAACUCUAAAGAGACCUAAUUAGGCCAAAGUCCCAUCUCCAGGGUAUCUGAGCUUUAAUGGGAGCAUCCGUGUCUUUCGAGAUGUCCUCUAUGAAGCAGGCCAGGGCGGCAGUUGUUGGGGGCUCAGUGCCAGCGGGAAUCGUGGGAAGGCGGACACGCGAGGCGCGGACGGGACCGCGAGGGGGGCGUGGUCCCCGGCCGCAGAGAGUCCAGGCCCGCGCCGGCCGCAAGCCGGACGAGGUGUGGCCGGGGACAGGUGCGCGCCGGGCCCUCAGGUGCGCUGCGCGUCACGCCCCCGGCAGGGUCACUCCUCCGCCCACGAGUGACCUAGUUACACCGUGCGGGCAGCGCCCAGAGGUGGACACAGGCGGUGAUCCCAACCAGGCUGCCACUCGGUGCCCAUUCCGGCCUCCCAAGGUGCGGCCACCCCACACAGUUCCAGCGCCGCUGGGCCACGAAAGAGCUAUAAGGUCGCAGUUCCUGGUUCCGUGACCCGGCUGCCACUUCCCAGGUGAAGAGCCGAAGGGUGUCAACCGAACCGUCCUCCCGCGGGACCGACCAAGGGUUCGGGCCUCCAGGCGCCCCCGCCCACCGCUGCACUCGACUGCGCCUGCGCGCGCAGCUCGGCGCUCCGCCGGAGCCUGGGUGUGAGCACUGCGCCUGCCCGGAUUCCGUUCUUUCCGCCCCCGCGACCCCGCCCUUCCAGAGGACCACGCCCCGAAAGCGAAGGCGCCUCAGUCCCCGGCGGCUGCGCCGAGCAGCGCCGGAUCCCGCGUUUGGUUCUUCAGUGUGCGUCCCUCCUCCAGCACAGCGGCCGGCCGCGGCCCUUCUGAGGUUGCGCAGUCCGCGUCCCGGCCCUUUCCUUGCCUCGGCUCCCCGCCGCCCCCCGACGCCGGCGUGACGUCAGCACGCCGGGCGGCCGCCAUUACACGGCCGAGCUCCGGAGCUAGGGGAGCUGAGGAGGAGGCGCAGCCGCCCGCGGCCGAGCACCGCAGGGAGAGCCAGCGAGCCGCCGUUGGCGCCCAGCGACCGUCGGGGACCACAGACACACCCCAGGAACCGGUGGCGGCGUGUGCGUGUGGCCCGUGUGCGGGCGGCGGCGCGGGAGGAGCGCUCAGCGGCAGCCGGUUCGGUCGGGUGGCAUCAUGGACGAGAAGGUGUUCACCAAGGAGCUGGACCAGUGGAUCGAGCAGCUGAAUGAGUGCAAGCAGCUGUCCGAAUCUCAGGUCAAGAGCCUGUGCGAGAAGGCUAAAGAAAUCCUGACAAAAGAAUCCAACGUGCAAGAGGUUCGAUGUCCAGUUACUGUCUGUGGAGACGUACAUGGGCAAUUUCAUGAUCUCAUGGAACUGUUUAGAAUUGGUGGCAAAUCACCAGAUACAAAUUACUUGUUUAUGGGAGAUUAUGUUGACCGAGGAUAUUAUUCAGUUGAAACAGUUACACUGCUUGUAGCUCUUAAGGUUCGUUACCGUGAACGCAUCACUAUUCUUCGAGGGAAUCAUGAGAGCAGACAGAUUACACAAGUUUAUGGUUUCUAUGAUGAGUGCUUACGAAAAUAUGGAAAUGCAAAUGUUUGGAAAUAUUUUACAGAUCUUUUUGAUUAUCUUCCUCUCACUGCCUUGGUGGAUGGGCAGAUCUUCUGUCUACAUGGUGGCCUCUCUCCAUCCAUAGAUACACUGGAUCACAUCAGAGCACUUGAUCGCCUACAAGAAGUUCCCCAUGAGGGUCCAAUGUGUGAUUUGCUGUGGUCAGAUCCAGAUGAUCGUGGUGGAUGGGGUAUAUCUCCUCGGGGAGCUGGUUACACCUUUGGCCAAGAUAUAUCUGAGACAUUUAAUCAUGCCAAUGGCCUCACGUUGGUGUCUAGAGCUCACCAGCUGGUGAUGGAGGGCUAUAACUGGUGCCAUGACCGGAAUGUAGUAACAAUUUUCAGUGCUCCAAACUAUUGUUAUCGUUGUGGUAACCAAGCUGCAAUCAUGGAACUUGAUGAUACUCUAAAAUAUUCUUUCUUGCAGUUUGACCCAGCACCUCGUAGAGGGGAGCCACAUGUCACUCGUUUUACCCCAGACUACUUCCUGUAAUGAAAAUUUAAACUUGUACAGUAUUGCCAUGAACCAUUUAUUGAUCUAAUGGAAAUGGGAAGAGCAACAGUAACUCCAGAGUGUCAGAAAAUAGUUAACAUUCAAAAAACUUGUUUUCACACGGACCAAAAGAUGUGCCAUAUAAAAAUACAAAGCCUCUUGUCAUCAACAGCCGUGACCACUUUAGAAUGAACCAGUUCAUUGCAUGCUGAAGCGACAUUGUUGGUCAAGAAACCAGUUUCUGGCAUAGCGCUAUUUGUAGUUACUUUUUGCUUUCUCUGAGAGACUGCAGAUAAUAAGAUGUAAACAUUAACACCUCGUGAAUACAAUUUAACUUCCAUUUAGCUCUAGCUUUACACAGCAUGACUGUAGAUAAGGGUAGCAGCAAACAAUCAUUGGCGCUUAAUGAAGAUUUUUAAAAAUAAGUACCAUGCCUCUCCUCUACUUGUGAGUUUUGAAAUUGUUUUGUUUAUUUUCAGGGAUACUGUUUAAUUUAAUUGUAUGAUUUGUCUGCACUCAGUUUAUUCCCUUCUCAAAUCUCACCCCCAUGUUGUUCUUUGUUGUCCGAACCUGGUGAGUUAUUCUGAACAGAAAUGUUUUCCCCCUUCCUGUAAGACGAUGUUACUGCACAAGAACACUGCAGUGUUUUUCAUAAUAAACUUGUGAACUAAGAACUGAGAAAGUCAAAUUUUAAUUGUAUCAGUGGGUAAGACUGGUGCUGUUUAAAGAUAAAUCAAUUAAUAAACUUUUGAAUUUGUAGAACUCUAGGUAAACAAAAAAUAAAUACGAAGGCCACUAUACGACCUCUCCAGUAACUUUUUGACAUUCUUCAGAUGAGCUUCAGGAUUUAUUUGUAUUACCUAUGGUAUAAUUUGUCGUAUUGCUGAUGUACUUUGAACUUGUCUUUAGGAAAGGAAAUCUGUGCUGCUUUGGUAAGAUCUAACUGUUAAACUAUGUAACAUCAGGGUUAAGGUUUUAGGAUUUAAGUGGCAUGUUUUCAGGUAGAGCUUAAAUGAUGUGUCUACUUAGUGUAGUUCCUGGUUAUAAAUAUUAUAUUGCUAUGUAUAUUUAAGAGUUACAUGAACUUUUUAAAAUAAUUGACAGACUGCUACGUUAACAAAUAUCUGUACAUUGCCUGUUGAGUCAUGUGAUCUUAAUGUCUUAGAAAGCUGUUAAAAGCAUUAAUCUGUAUUCUUUAAGUGAUAAUCAGUGAAAGCAAAUAGAAAAUUAUUAUUGGAUCGUUGUUUAGUGUAAUGUACAUUUACCCAAAGGGAAGUGGCAUUUGAAGUGCCAGACAUUUAAUGAAUCUUCCCCUUUUUAUCCUUUGAAUAGGAUUAGAAGUUCUGUGUGAACUAAUACUUGAUUUUUUUUAAGCUACCAGGGUAUAUAUUUCACAGCACUAAUCAUUAAUAUGUGUGAGUAUAGUUAAUAAACAUUUCCUUGCUUUGUA